AUGGAGCAAGACAACUCGCUUUCCUGGCCGGAUAUCACCGCCCCCGGCGACGAUGAAUUCUCCAACUUCCUCGAGUUUGGAAUGCAUUUCCCCGACAUGGAGGGGCACGGGCCAUCCGACCAGCACCCUCCUCGUUCCGUCGCUCAUUCGGUAUCGAUGCCUACCUCAACCACUCCUUCGGGCCAGGAACAGCUUAUGCGCAUGGAAACCGAUGCGGUAGCCCCUCAGUCGUCGUCGUAUGACCGCAUGAUGGGCGAUUUUUCCAUUGAGCUCUCCAACCAAGUUCACCAAAGCCAGUCGCACGGCUCUAUCCCAGCGUCUUUCUCCGAUGCCCCAUUGACUCCGGCCUUCUAUGCUCAGAAACCCCCGCAUUCCCAGAUAUUUAAUCACCAGCAACUGCAACAGCCCCCGGAGCAGUCGCACCAUCAGCAUGUUCACCAUUCGCAGCCAACAUCCCAGCCUUACGUACCUCACGGUCAGCCUGUGAUUCCUCCGACCCCUAACAGUAUUGAAAUGCAGGGAAGUGCGGCCACAUACCCACAACGCGUGGAUGAGAAUCAUGAAAUGUACGACCGGUACGCUCGCAUAAAUGAGGAACAAGCUCUCUACACCCCCUUGGUGUCUCCUGCGAUGACCCCACUGGAGACCCAAUUCCGGCUGCCAGAGUAUACAAUUCCUGGAGAGUACUUUACCCCUCUAACCUCCCCCGCCCUCGAGGCCCAAAAUGCGAAUUCAACCAGCUAUCCAUUUCAUUCUGGCCAUGUCUCGGAUAUGGGCUUUGUGAAUUCCCCCAUUGACAAUUCCAUUCCUGUUUCAUCGGCUAAGAAGCAACAAUCCCCUUCGGUGCGGCCUCAGACACGGAAGAAGUCACUCCUACAAAUUAACUCGGAUGAGAUAUUGAACGGCCUCAGUCAACAUCAAGGUGGCCCAAGGUCACAACCCUCCACUGGUAGCGGGCUGCGGUAUGGCAGCAAUGAGAGCUCCGGCCAGGAUUCCGUUUCCCCUGAACCCCUGUCAGAACCUCUGAUGCCGCCUCCUGCUCUACCCCCUGCUCGGAGAUCUCCCGCGAUUGCUCCUCAGAUGGUGCAAUCGCAAACAAACGAGCCUGCGACCCCAGCUAUGUUGAUGCGCAUUCAGCGGCCGCAGCAUAGUCCAGCCGCAACUGGGCAAGCGUCAGGCCCUGUGUCGUCCGAGCCACACGAUGAUAUCAUGGAAGAGGUUAUUCUUCCAGAGGCAGCUACUCCUACUACCCAUUUCUCCCAAUCACAAGUGACCCGCAUCGACACCUCCCUGCGAAAUGUCCGUACGGAUGCAGCGUCCCCAGCCACGUCAGCCGGUCUCACUCCAGCUCUAGAACCCAAAUCGACUCCCUUGGCUGAGCGUAACCCAAGUUCAGUAGCUCCUAGUCCGCGCACUGUCGCUAUGCCUUCUCCAAGCGGGCCAAUAGGCAAGAAAUCAGACACGCCCAAACUCGGGCCGUUGGGUAGAAAGCGACAGAGUCUUAGCUCAUCUCAACCAAGUCCGAAUCUACGCCCUAAAAUAAGCCCUAGCAUACAACCAUUGGUCCGAGGAGAAUGCAUAUCAAGUGAGACCUCGGCCUUAUAUCUAGCCUCCAAAUCGAACUACCAGCAUAUCUUGGAUGGAACCCUCCUUCCUGGCGUAUCUUAUCCUGAAGCGUUGGCCGAAAAUUUGAGCUCCAAGCGGACAAACCAUAAGCUUGCGGAGCAAGGCCGACGUAAUCGCAUUAACAAUGCGCUUAAGGAAAUUGAAGCUCUGAUUCCAGCUGGUGAAAAGGAGAAAGAGAAGCCCAGCAAUCAGCAGAUUAGCAAGGCCAGCACCGUUGAGAUGGCCAUUGAUUAUAUUAAAGCAUUGAAGAAGGAACUCGAGGAAACAAAGGGCAAGCUAAAAGCUGCUGAGGCCCGACUAGGCGAGAAAGAAACUUCUCAAACCCACGACGUCGACUCAGUUGGCCCCGAGAAUGAGCAACUGGAGAAGCCUGGCGAGGUUGUAGGUGUGCCUACAAGUCCUGUACCCAAUGGCCCUGCAGAAUCUUACGAUUGA